UUAGUCCGAGAGAGGAAAGCUCUCAGAGCUGAGCAGUACAGCUGCUGUAUAGAGUUUUGUCCUCUAGAAUUCUGUGAGAUGAUGGCUGGUGUAACACUGUGUGUGUUGAAGCGUUGUCUCAUGAACAGCGGGAACCGGAUCAUCCCGCGUGCUCAUCAACAGCCGCACGCACGGACCAACAGCAGUGCCUCAGACAUUCCUGGUGUAAAAGAGCGCACUUUGGUUGCCAUCAAGCCGGAUGGGGUUCAGAGACGUCUGAUUGGUCAGAUCAUAAAGCGUUUUGAGCAGCGAGGGUUCCGCUUGGUGGGUCUGAAGAUGGUGCAGGUAUCUGAAGAAUUAUUGGCCCAGCAUUAUGUAUCUCUACAUAAGAAACCGUUCUACCCCAGCGUACUGCAAUAUAUGACCUCAGGGCCUGUGGUGGCAAUGGUGUGGGAGGGCCACAAUGUAAUAAAGUCUACACGUAUGCUAGUGGGAGACACAAACCCAGCUGAAGCUGUGCCUGGAACUCUAAGAGGAGACUUUAGCAUUCACGUUAGCAGGAAUGUUGUUCAUGCCUCAGACUCGGCUGAAGUGGCACAAAAAGAGAUCUCGCUUUGGUUUCAGCGCUCCGAGCUCAUUGACUGGAUUGCAUCAGGUGUGAAUGAGUGCAUGUACAUUGUGCCCUGUAAUAGACUGGAGACUCAUCUGGGGUUGAAUUCUCUCAUCAUGCACCCAGUGCUGCUAUAACAGGCUCCAUAUUCAUCGUGGCUCUAAUCGCGACAAAGCGUUUGGUGAAGGUGAAAAUUGAUGAAUGAAGUUUUAUUUUAGUGCAAAGAUAAAAAAAAAAGCAAUGUUCCUUGAGCUUGGCCCUAGAACUAUGACUUUAUUAUCACUUACAAGUAACAGAAAUUUUCUAACAACCACCAAUUAGCACCAGUACACCUCAAACAGAAAUCACUGCAUUUCUUGGUAGUUGUAUGCUGAUAAGUUUAUAACUAAACAUCACUAACUAUUGUCCCUGUAUGCAUUAAAUAUUUCUACCCAUCUUCAGAGAACUAGGUGGACUGGCUACUCCAGUCUGCCUCUAAAUGUGAAAAUGUGUGUGUUGAAUGUGUGUGUGCUGGGUGUGUAUCUUCCUUAUGCUCAGUGCAGCCAGUACAGGUUCUGGAUCCACAGUGUCACGGCUCAGAAUUAUACAUUUAGUGAAAUGAAUUGAUGUACUUAAAAUGAAUAAAAUGAUUUUUCAGAUAA